AUGAGUGCUAAUAAAGUUAUCAGUAAUACCAAUAAUAAUAAUAACAAUAAUAAUAAUAAUAAUAAAAAUCCUAUAAUUGAAUCAAAAUAUCCCCGGAUAGCCAUACCAUUGGUACCCAUAUCCAGGUUUCUCAUUGAAAAACUCCGAUCACAUUCAAACAGGACUUUCCUGAUAGAUAAUGAAACUAAAAUUAGCUACACUUUCAAUACGGUGGCCGACGACAGCCUACGUAUGGCCAAUGUAUUGGUAACCAGUGGUCUCAAGUUUGGCCAACAUUUCGGUAUUUGCGGUCACAAUAACUAUGAAUUUGUUGUCACAUUAAUCGGCGGUCUAAUUGUGGGCGGAGUUGUCGUUCCGGUCAAUCCUAAUACACAGUUUGAUCAAAUGUCACAAUUGAUCAAAGAUAAGGACAUCAAAUUUAUGACAGUAACUACAAAAUAUCAAAAAUCAUUGUCAAACAAAAUGCUCAGCGAAUAUAAUAAAGGAAUUAAAACAAUAGUCUCAUUUAAGAAAAAUAGUGAAAUUAAUAAUAAUAGUGAAAAUAAUAAUAAUAAUGGAAAUAAUAGUCAUAGCGAUGAUCAACCUAUAGAUGAUUAUCAGUCAUACAGAAGUCACAUAACUAGCCAUAAGUGUCAUAACGAAAGAAAUAUUGGUGUCAUACAGACAAUUGAUCCCAAAGUGAAUAACUGUUUACUAGUGGAUACAAACGGCAGCUUUGAUCCAACAAAAGUCAAGUCAUGUUUUAUUACCGACUUUUCGCUGGUAUCACAAUUGACUAUGAGUUCGCUGCCGGUCACCGGAUUCAAUUGGUCGUCGGCGGACACUGUUGUCAAUACCACACCGUUUGCUCAUAUCAACGGUUUGAUCCAAUUGUUUGCGGCGCUGACCACUGGCUCGAGGUUUGUCAUCACAGACAACAGCCAACACAACAGUUAUCGGCAAUUAUGCGAAGUCAUUGAGGAAUGGCAGGCGACGGCUGCGAUGUUGACGCCACAUAUCAUUACAGAUAUGAUCAAAGAUGACAAUUUGGAUCCGACGACUAUCGGAUCGCUGGACAAAGUGAUCUGUACGGGCGCUUCACUGCACAAAAACAUUGGCCACAAGUUUGCCAACAGAUUCUCCAUCAAAGACUUUAGACAGGCUUACGGUAUGACUGAGAUGUGCGGUUUUGCUACCAUUGAACCCAUCAAGAGUACCGAUUACGACACGUGUGGCAUACCGGUGCCGGCUGUUAGCAUUAAAAUUGUCGAUACGGACAGCGAUCGAUUGCUCGGACCCACACAAAUGGGUGAAGUGUAUGUCAAAAGUGUACAAUUAUGCGCCAAAUAUCUGACUCCAGUGUCAUCCGAGUCUACAGUUAACGUCACUGACAGUGACGGCUGGUUUCGGACACAAGAUAUUGGAUACUAUGAUCAUCGAAAUAAACUGCAAAUUAUUGAUCCGAUAGACGAUUUCAUACAAUACCGGGGCCUACAUAUCAGUCCGACAACAUUAGAAUCUAUACUGUUAUCGCAUAGUAUGGUCAAAGAGGUUACGAUUUUCGGUAAUAAUCACCGAUUGCACGGCCAAACACCGGGAGCAUUGGUAGUGCUCAGGGAUGGCGACAGUAAUGGAUGCGACAAUACGGUACAGAUGCUCAAGGAUUAUAUAAACGAGUAUUUACAGCAACAGAAUAUUACAGUCGACGAACUGUAUGUCGUGGACGACAUCCCGAAGACUAUUAGCGGUAAAGUCAACCGCAGGGAUGUCCGCAAGUUUGUCAACGAAACUAUUAGCCGCUUGAAUGUCGCCGAUGACAAUAAUAAUGACAAUUACAACAAUAACAACAAGUUUAUUGUCAAUGUGUUUGAUAAUGUCAACGAUAUGUGAUUUUAUUGAUUUGAAUAAAAAAUAAAUAUUUUUAUUUUCUUUUAAAUAGAAAUGAUUUUCU